ACAGCUUGGAGGCGGUGAGCUUGCGUCUCGCUGUUAGUCGGUCAGUCGGUUGAUCAACGAUCGUGCGACGUCCCCCUCUGAGAGGUGGUGUCCAAGGGAACGCAUUCGUUUGGAGCUGCGAUUUGCUGCUGAACAACAGCUAGAACGUCGGCCACGGGAACUGACUGCUCGAUGACCAUUCUCCAUUCGCCCAGUGGUUGCAUUUUAUCCGAAUCCGAGGCGCUAGACAGUGUAUUUGCAAAGGUGAAUCUUGUCGUGAAUCGUUUGUGAUUGUUGCAGUGCGCAAAUGAGGCCACGAGCGCGAUCGUGCCAGUGCCAUCUGAAAGCGUGCCAGCAGCAGUGAGGAAGCAGAAGUUUUGGAAAUCGAGUUGAGCGUACGCUAGUGACAUUCCUUCAACCAUCAUCAUGCUGGAAUCGAUGAUCAUGAACCGAAUCUUUCGGUACUUUAUGAAGUUCCACGGCUACUUCAUCGGCUUCUGUACGAUCUUCUUCGCGUCCGUGAUCAUCGUGGGCUCGUUCAUGGGCCGGGGCGUACGCGACGAACCGAUGUUCGUGGAGGAAGAGUUUGAGCCGGUGCAAAGGUUUCCCGUACUCAUCCAGCUCGAGUCGGCCCUAUGGCUGUGCGCUUCGGUCUUGCUGGUGAUCGGUCUGUACCGGGAAAACAAAAACUUUCUCAGCCCCUUCCUGGCGCUUUUCAUCGUGGAUGGUGUGGUCGUGGUCGUGCAGGAAACGGUUAAUCUCUGCACCGGGCGAUCGUCGGAGCUGGCCAUGAUCGAUACCCGCCAGCUGGUCAUUAUGCUGCUGGCCAACGUGUACGUUCUCGUGAGUUUGAUCGUGUUGUACCGAAUGUUUGGCAAAGGUGCACCGCCGGUCGCGCAGAACAACUUCGUGCGCUUCGACAAUGAGCAGGACGUGGAAACGGGGACUGCCCCCGUGACAUUGCCGUCGGCACCAUCGCUUCACGCCAACGGUUCGCUACAUUCGCCGGCCUCUGUCACUCCAGCGACAACGAACCACACAAUCUAACAUGGGCGUGCACGUGGUGUCCACGGACCAAAUGAAGAAGACAAUGCUAGUGAAAGUGUUAGUGUACAUAGUCGUGUUUAAGGAUUGUGAGCGGGAGUGAGGGGGAAAGACUUGGAUUACUUUUCGGGCGAGGAGGAUCUCUUUAAAAUGGUGAACGAGGUGCGGAGCAAAGCCAUCGUGUGGAGUGCUGUCAGUGUCGGUAGGUGUGCGAAUGCGGAGUGGAUCAACGUCAACAAGCACGAAACGCGAAGAAGGCCAUCAGCAGCGCGUACCGAAAAUGGCAGAUGAACUCCCAAACUCCCCAAACGACCGAGUUGCGUGCCUCAAUAUGCGAAGCAGCAAACAAGAGGAGCAUAACCACCACCACCACCACGUCGAGACCCUCAGAGAAAGCGACACUCACGUGGCGCAUCCGACAAUUGGUCAAUUAGUGGAGCGCAAGAUCAUUGCCAUAACGGACCAUACCGGCGUCAACGGCGUUAUUGGUAGCGCGAUUGGGCCUUGGCGUGGUGAUCCGAUCCGAACGCGAUCGCGCACUUAUGAUGAGCUGAUGAGCCCUGGAAGCGAUCAGUGCACCACGAUGUGGAACCACGAUGAUCCUUUCAAAGCUUCCCAUUUGCUACUCCCCUCAGUGACACCAAUACGCGCAAAAGAGAGCGUGCGUGUCCACUACGUCCAAGUGUUUUCCCUCGGGGAAAGGGGGUUUAUUUUGUUUUUUAUAUAUUUUAGCUACCAAAUAGCGCAGUAAAGCGGUGUACAGUGCAGGGUGGGUGGAGGCCCCCCUUUGGCAUUGUCAGGCCAGUACGAAUAUGUUCUAUUUUUAAGUGUAACCGGCACCGGCGGUACGGUGGAGUACACGCGAGUGAAACGCGAGUAGCGUCGCGCCGUAGCACUAAACGGUCAGCCGUGUGGCCAGGCCAUGGCCUCGGCGCCACCGUAUGGGGCCAGAUCGCGUUACAAUGCGUCCCCGUCGUCAUCCCAUCCACUGCAACCGAAUCUCAAUUGCGGCAGCAGCAGUGCUACACCGCAGCAUUCACUUAACCCGCUACAGGCAGCUCAGCAGCAGCUGGAGCAGGAGCAGCAGCAGCAGCAGCUUCCUUCAAUUGUACUGGCUAGGCCACGGAAGCAUAAUUUGGCAGGAUAAAAAGGAACUAGAGAUAGGAUAGAUGAUACAUGUAUGAUUAGUGUCAGCCUUACAGAGAGAGGGGGGUACCGUUUGGUGUUAAAGUGUGGCGGCCAAACGCUCUUCCCGGUUUUACGAUUGCGACCAAAAACAACGAGAGCAUCGGCAUCCGGUUGCCGCCACCGCCACCAGGUCAUUAGUAAUGUUGCCAACGCCAAAGCAAACAAAUAAACACAUUUUUAACCCAGGUGUAGCCCAAGGUGAAAUCCCGCGUGGAGGCGCGCGAUGGUGCGGCGGCUGCUGUGGACCACAGUUGGUGGUUAUGUUGUUGUAUAUCUAGAGCGGCAAUGUAUAGCGACAAUAAAGAAAGAUUUACAUCCCAUCCCAAGCAAAUGGCGCCCAGUGUACCAACCGAAAUCGAACCGAACCUUUCUUCUUUUGCUUUUGUUUUUCUCUCGCUCGUUGUAUAUUGGUUGCGCUGGAAGUUCCCAGCAAUGGAUUGCGCAAUCGGGCCCCAUCGGUUC